CCCAACCCAACCCAAGAGACAGUGGUGCAUGAGCCACUAUUCAGUACAGUUACCUCUUCAAACCUUCACCGGGCCGGUACAUUUUCUAAAGAAUUUCCAUUUCGUAUAACCAUAUCUCUCCAACAAUUUCGUUUCUUCCAGUUUAUAAUUUAAUGCAAAUUUUAUUUACAAUUAAUACUAUCCGAUUUAUCAGUGAUUAAGUGUUAAAAACUCUGGUGUUUUGUUAAUCUAGAAUUUUCGAAAGGAUACAAUUUUUGUACAUUCAAUUUUGUGUAAUUCUUGUGGAAUGUAUGCUGUUCUCUACUUCUAAAAAUAUGUUAAGAAAUUAGCAUUUUUAACCCCUUAAGUGGAACGUGUUUACAUUUAUGGAAGCUAUUUUUUAAAUAAAUAUCAUAAAAAUUAAUUUGUAUUACAUUGCAAAAAAUCAUUCUAUGUCACACUAGUCUUGCUAAUAUGUAGAGUUGAAAAGUUCUAUUCUGUAAUAACGGUAAUGAGAAGUAGCAAUGCAUGUAUAAAACGUUUCUUAGUUACAGUUGAACAAUUUAUUCAAGAAUAAAAUUACGUUCUAUAUACUCGCAAUUUCUAUAAAAUUUAAUUUAAAUUUGUAACCCUUUUACAUAUUAAGCUCGGUUUUUAAAAAGUUCAUUUUAGAAUUUUAAUUAAACAAUCUUUCUUAAAGGUAAAGGUUUUAUGCGUGUUAGCGUUUUUAUUAAUUGAGAUUUUGAAACAUAUAAUGAAAUUAGAAUCAAAUUCUUCAAAUUUAUAUAAAUUUCUUGAAAUUCACUUGACAUAUUUACAUAUAGCUGCGUAUGUGUAUAACUUAUAAUGAAAAUUACUUUCAUCUUACAGUGUUGAUGUGAAUUCACUCAAUUAAUUUUAUUUGUAGGAAUAAACAUUCAGAAACCAGCCAUUUAUUUCUUUGUUUCUAACUAAUUUUCAUUUUUUUCGUUAGAGUUACUACUCAAUUUCUCAAUUGAAUAAGAUUAAUAAUAAUAAUAAUGUUACAACUGCAAUAGAAAAAGAAGUUGCGCAACAUAUACGUAUGGAAAGGCAUAUGUUUCAGACUAAGUAAUUUACACGUCUAUCCAUAUUUGAUUGGUACAGGUAGAAUAUAGUAAACAAUUCGAAUGUCAUGUAUUUUGAUUAAAAGGAAGUUUUAUCUUUUCGUGUGAGAUCAUACUAUAUAAUGUAAUGUUAGAUGCACGCGUGACUUCCGGAAAUGCAUGUGGGGUAUACAUACCAAUACGUAUACAUAACAAGGUUAGAUGGAAUUUCUUUGCGAACAGUUAAUGUAUAUUAUAGUAGAUGUUGCAUUCUCUACUAGUAUUUGCACGCACCUGUGAACUAGGAUGAUUCUUCUUCAUUCUUGAUAGGCACAUAGAAAUUGUUCAGGUCCCUCUUUGUAAAUAUAUUAUUGUAUCGAUAAUCUCUUUCAAUAGUAUUGGUUCAAAUUCAUUAUUAAGUACAUAUUUAUGUUAGUACUAAUACAUGCAUGUGAAGCAGAUGGGUAGCAGCAACUUCCGUUAAAGUAUAUAAAAAAGAUUCUGUGUUCUGUGAGAAUACAAAAUGAUAAUCUCGACAAGAGGCAGGAAAUUGAAUGACGCAAACACUAGAUUAGCAAAACACGAUGGUCAUUCGAGUGUAAUGUUUUAGAAACGUGCCUUCGAAAAUCAUGCAAAUGGGUGAAUUGGAAAUUAGUGUUUUCAGUCGCGAAACUUAAAAGUUGACAAAAACCUCUUGAAUCCUGUUUGUCCACUCUAUAAAUUGGACAGAUUGAUAUCAAAACAAAGUACUCUGUAACCGAUCGAAUGAUAGUAGCAGAUGGACGAGAUAGUCGGAAUGACCGUUCCUCCACCAUUGCCAGGCAAGAACCAAACUCGGGAUUUGAAACAGGCUGCUGCAGCUGUUAGCCAGCAGACUGUGUCAAUCCAGACAGUAUCUUUCCCCUCACCUCUGUCUGCAGUCGAGGCGACAGGAGCAACGGUACUCAUCGGAGGUAGCGCUCCUGUAGCUGAUUCUACCGCAACCUGCAUCAAAGACUGUGUCCCGGAAGUGCAAUCAGAUAGCGUUCGAGACUGGCAGAAAACUAUCGAGUGUCCCCAACAGCACGUUGUUAAGAUUAGAAUUAAUCCUAAGAAUGAAAAUAGUAAAGUGAUAUCUUCGGUGCGACUCAAUUUAGAUAAGACCUUGAUUGACUCAAAGAUUAGAAAUAAGUACGAGGAGUGUUCCGAUAAACAGAAUGGUGUUGUGCUGGUGUGUACUGCGAGUAGAGCGGAAACCGAGAAUGACGGAUGUGUAAGGAUUAACAUCAUCAACAGUAAAAACCAUAGCAAUGAUGAUGGGAACUUAUCGCACCUGCAGCAAUACGACAAAAAUGAAAUGAUUCAACAAAAUUCGAGCCUCAGGAAUAGCUUCUAUUACGGGUCAUUUCAAAGUCCUUUAGCGAACAUGGUCAUGUCUAGUGGACAGUGUUCUCCCUCUGAUACUUUAGACAGCGGAACGUGUAGCGAUUUGGACGGUACCCCACCUCCUUUGCCGAAAAAAAGUUCGUGUACAAUUCUUCUUAGUGAAAGCACUAAUACUGAACAUAACAAUCAUCAUCGUACUGGGAGCCUUUCGAGCAGUGGUGCAGAUGCAGACAGUGAUGAGAAUGACAAUGAUGAUGAUAGUCGAAGUAAUAUUAGUUGCGAUUCUCUCAACAGUGGGGAAUUGUCGAGUACUCAAGUGAAUGGGAUUGCUAACGUGGAAGAGAAAGGCUUCGAGACUCAACAACAUGCGACCAACUUUGAUGCUGAAAAUAAUUCCAAUGACGUCAAGGUCGGAGAAGUUGAUGAGGUCAAUAAGAGAACAAAAGCUCAUCGCAUGUCAACAAAAUUGGACAUUCUUCUAGUAAAUGAAAUGUAUGAUUCUAAUCUCAAAAAAGACGAAUAUGACGAGAAAGAUAUUUCUAAUUACUUGACGUCAAAUUGUAAUAUGCUGAGCUCUUCUUCAGCAACACUAAAACAAGUCACAUGUAUUCCUAGAGUCUCAAACCGCUCACCAACUGAGAAUACACCACAACAAUCUUGGAUACCAAUUGUCAGAGAAUGCACAUAUGAGGAGAGAAAUCAAAUACAAGAAAGAACUGAAGCAAAUUACUAUUCGAACUAUAAUAACUCGAUAUCAAAUACGAAAUAUGUUUACGAUGAUGAUAGGUUCUAUAAGUUUCACUUGCACGAACGAUGUUUCGAUGACAAAGGCAUAUUGGAAUCAAUGGUAAUAGGUAAAGGCGAAAACGACGACAAAGAAAAUGAAUGCUUUGCAGGAUAUAAAAUUUCAGAAAAAGAAGCCAUAAGGAGUGCCAAGGGAACUGUGCGCGGAGUUAAAAAUAGGGUGCGUGCAGGAAUCGCAACUUUUCUUCAAAAGCCAUCAACCAAGAAUUACAAAGUCAAAGAUGAAGGAAAGGUAGUGGUUUACUCAACGACAAUGGGAAUUGUGAGGGAAACAUAUUACGCAUGUAUGAAAGUUAAACAAAUUUUGAGGACACAUUUGGUCAAGUACGAAGAACGAGAUAUGUUUAUGAGUACUGAGUGUCAGACUGAACUUAGAGACAGAAUAGAGUCUUCCACUAUUGAAGUUCCACAACUUUUUAUUGAUGGAGAGUACAUAGGAAAUGCAGAUACAGUAGAACGAUUAAAUGAGUCUGGGGAACUGCGUCUUAUGCUGAAGCCAUAUAAGAGCGCAGAUGCAUGCUCAACGUGUAAAAUUUGUGGUGGCUACAGGUUACUUCCAUGUCCAAUUUGUAAUGGCAGCAAAAAGUCCGUCCACCGCAACGAUUUUACUACAGAAUUUGUAGCUUUAAAAUGUAUGAAUUGCGAUGAAGCGGGUUUAGUUCGUUGUCAACAUUGUUAAAGACUCAGGAUUUUGUUUAAUCAAUGUUGCUAAUGAAAUUUAACACAUCAAAAUAAAACCUUUAAGAUGAUGUUAAAUUUUUAUUUUGACAAGAAUUAAUUUAAGUAUCCUUUCUAUAAGUUAAGAAAAAAAAUUAGGAUGAAGAAUUGUACAAAAAAUUGAAAGUUUGCUUUCGGAGAAAAUGUUGCUCAUAAUUUGUGUAUACUCAACUUUCCUAAUGUCAAUAUUAAUUAAUAGGUGCUACAACAAUAUACAUUAUGUGCAAUGAUGCAUAUAAUAUAAUCUGCACUGAAAUGACACUUGUGACUGAAUUUUAUUUGAUUAUUGACAAUCGUUAAUGGUUAAUUGUAUAAAACUGCGAGUAAACAACGUAAAAGUAAAUGUCGGUAAAAUUAUUUUAAUUUGAAUAUAAGCAGAGUAUAGCCUGUCUUGAUUGCUUUCAGUUAAUUGUAUCCACAUUUCGACAAUGCGGGUCUCCACGUCUAUUGACCUCAGACGUCCAAGUUGGAUGAUUAUUUUUAAUAUUUAUGUCAAUUUAUAAAUUAAUAUUCUGAUCAAUUUGAAAUACAAAAAAACCGCGUAUGCAUGAUUACUUAAAUAAAUUUUAUACAAAUUAUUACUUUGUUCUCUUUGCUUUCUGCUUUUGUACAAUGAACUCUUCGAUCGUUAGUUGAAGUGUUAUACACGCGUUCCUGUGUAUGUGUAAAGACGUAUAGAUGUAUAUGUAUAUCAUAUGAUAUUUCAAUAUCAACAUGCAAUAUUUCUAAAUAAACUUUAUAUUGCGUACUAUA